CUUACCCGGAACAGGACCGAGCUGCGGCCGUGUGUGCGUGGAGCAAAGGGAGGGAGAAAGAGAGAGUUCAAGUGCGUUUCUGUUUGAGUCUGCUCGGAUAAGUACAGCUAGGGCUGUGUAUGUUCCACUGAGCGUGUGAGUGUGUGAGCGUGUGCGUGUGUGAGUGUGUGUGCUUCAUUGGGGCUGAGGCUUACACCUCUGGCACCAUGACCCUCCUGACUCAGGACCACCCCCCUCCCUGCCGGCUCCCUGAUCCUAGCGAGCUGGUGUCGCGGCUCGAUCGCGGCUCCUCGGACCCCUCCAAACAGGACUUAAUGGACAGCGCGGAGACGGGCGUGUUUGGGGCGGUGGAGCCCCCCCGGAGGUCGCGGGGGCGCCUCAUCCUCCACGGGACGGUGAUGUUCGGACGGGAGUUCUGCUACGCGGUGGAGGCGGCGUUCGUGACACCCGUGCUGCUGUCGGUGGGGCUGCCGAGGAGCCUGUACAGCCUGGUGUGGCUCAUCAGCCCCGUGCUGGGCUUCAUGCUUCAGCCCGUCAUCGGCUCCGCCAGCGACUACUGCCGCUCGGCCUGGGGCCGCCGCCGGCCCUACAUCCUCACCCUGGGAGUCAUGAUGAUGCUGGGCCUCACGCUCUUCCUCAACGGCGACGCCGUCGUGUCGGCCAUAGUGCAGGACCGCUCAUUGAAGAGGAUAUGGGCCAUCGUCGUGGUGAUGUGUGGCGUCGUCCUAUUCGACUUCGCUGCAGACUUCAUCGAUGGCCCGGUGAAGGCCUACCUGUUUGAUGUGUGUUCUUACCAGGACAAGGAGAGAGGCCUACACUACCACGCUCUGCUCACAGGUCUUGGGGGGGCGUUUGGCUACCUGGUGGGGGCCAUGGACUGGGGCCACUCUGUGCUGGGCAAGCUCCUGGGCUCUGAGUACCAGGUCAUCUUCUUCUUCUCUGCCCUCACCUGGGGCGUGUUCCUUACCGUGCACCUCUUCAGCAUCCCUGAGAGGCCCCUGGGGACGGACUCUAGUUCCGAACCCUCCAGGGCCCUGCUCCUGCUGGGGACCCACGACAGCAACUACGGAGCCCUAGCCAAGGAACCCCUCAUGGGCCCCGGUGAUCUGCGGCCCCGCUCCUUCUCUGCUCUGGGGGAGGCGAACUCUGUUACCUCCAGCGUCAAGCAGCCUAUUAAGGAGGUCCAGAAGAGGAUGACCUUCAAGUCUCUGCUCAAGGCCAUGGUGUCCAUGCCCAGUCAGUACCGCUGCCUCUGCAUCAGUCACCUGCUGGGCUGGACGGCCUUCCUCUGCAACAUGCUCUUCUUCACCGACUUCAUGGGGCAGAUCGUGUACAAGGGGAACCCCUACGCGGACCACAACUCCACAGCCUACGCCACGUAUGAGAGGGGUGUGGAGGUGGGGUGCUGGGGUCUCUGCAUCAACGCUGUCUCCUCUGCUCUGUACUCAUAUGUCCAGAGGUUGCUUCUCCCCUACAUCGGUCUGAAAGGUCUCUACUUCGUGGGCUACUUUGUAUUCGGUCUGGGCACCAGUCUGAUUGGUCUGUUCCCCAACAUCAUCGCCACUCUGAUCCUGUGCACUGUGUUUGGGGUGAUGUCCAGCACCCUGUACACCAUCCCCUUCAACCUCAUCUCAGAGUACCACCGGGAGGAGGAGAUGCAGAGGAAGCUGGGAUCUGGCGAGUCGGGGCCCGGGAGGGGCACAGGCGUGGACUGUGCGGCUCUUACCUGUAUGGUCCAGCUGGCCCAGAUCCUGGUGGGGGCGGGGCUAGGCGCGCUGGUCAACAUGGCAGGAAGUGUGGUGGUGGUGGUGAUCUCUGCUUCCACCAUGUCACUGCUGGGAUGCUUGUUCAUUGCUAUUUUUAUCAGACAUGUGGAAUAACCGGUUUUCAUAAUAAACAACUU